AACGACCCACUAAUAAAACACCCAAAAUCAUUAGAAAUAGACCCUAUAUAAAAACAUCGACCAAUUUUUCCCAAAUUCAUUCAUCAUUCAUUCAUUUCCCUUUCUUUCUUUCUCCUCUGCUCAAAUGAGCUCAAACCCAGAACCAACCUUAGUAACCCACAAUGGAGGAUGCCAUUGCAAGAGAGUAAGAUGGAAAGUAGAAGCACCCACCUCUUUAAUUGCUUGGAAAUGCAAUUGUUCAACAUGUUCAAUGAGAGGUAACACCCAUUUCGUUGUCCCAAUAAAUAAUUUCAAAUUAAUUUCUGGAGAAUCAAACAUUACUACCUAUACUUUUGGGACCCAUAUUGCUAAGCACACUUUCUGUAAUGUUUGUGGAAUCACCUCUUUCUACACUCCUCGAUCGAAUCCAGAUGGUAUUGGGGUUACUCUGGCUUGCCUUGAUCCUGGGACUGUAACCCAUGUUGAAAUUCGGAGCUUUGAUGGUAUUAAUUGGGAAGACUCUUACUCUCAGUCUGGGAUUUCUGCUUGUUCAAAGCUCAAAUCUUGAGGAAAUGUUAUCAACAGGAGCAAAUAAAUGGAGUUGGAGAUGUUUACUGUAUACAGUUGAACCUCAUACUGUGCACAUGUGAGUUGUUUUACAUCGGAGAAAAUAAGUGUUACUGUAUUAUGAUACCCAUAUUAUCUAUUGUACUCCAUAUCUUAUAAGUUAGAGGAGUUACUCGUCUUGGGUUUUAUUGCCUUAUGGCUUCUGCUUUGUAUUACUAUAGCAGCUUCAAAGACAGACAUAUAAAAGGUAGUGCUUAUUUUAUUGCCAUGAUUUGGGUGAAAUUAUUCUUGUAACUCGAAAAGCAGUUAGUCAAUUUAUUAUAUUUUCAAAAUUGGAAUAGCAA